AUGGUCUCAUGUAAAGUGAAAGAUUACGAUGGAGCCGCCAGCGAUGUGAAAGUCGAAUGGUAUAAGGACGGAAGCGUAGUUUCACGCCUCGGAAGCAUCAUGACCAUCUACAAAACUUAUGCCAAUCAACUCUUAAUAAAUCGACCGAAAAUUAGUGACAGCGGAGAAUACGUGUGCAAAGCCGAGGUGAAUGGCGAAGAGCAAGAGACGACCGUACGGAUCAGCUUUGCCGACCCUCCCAAAUUCAUCAGUCCUCAAACUGAACAGCAUCCAGAGGAAGGUUCUACAGCUGAAAUUGUUUGCUUAGUGGAAGGAACGGAGAAACUAGAAGUGUUUUGGCAAUUCAAUGGUACUAUUCUCGAAGAAGGUAAGAUUUUCUUUUGUUUUUGCUUUCGUUUUUAUGGUCAAAUAGUGGAAUAGUA